AUUUAGUCUGUAGAUAUUGUAUAUCUGCAAACUUUGAGACUAUGUCAUGUUAAAAUUAAUUAUAGCGGAAAAUGGGACGUUUGGUCGGUUUUCUUUUGUGAAAACGCACUGGUUUUGUUUGGUCUCGCUAUUGGAGCAUCGGGUUCUCAGUCCGGCCUGGUAACGUUAGCUCGUCACAACGACUUUGGUGUGUGCGCCCUGCGCGGGAAAUUUUGUUUUUACGGUAUAUUCACUUGAAUACCCGUCAGAAACCAUCUACGGUGAACCUUUAUCGCUGUAAUGGAGAUGAGCAGCAACAGCGAGUGCUUUGGAUGUGGCCGCUCUGGGCAUUGGAUCAAGCAUUGCCCUAAUGCCAGCGGUGCACGUGGACGCGGCAGGGGUCGGGGACGAGGCAAGGAGCUUUUCUGCUAUCGUUGUGGAGACCAAGGACACAUGGCCAGGGACUGUGACCAAACUGAGGAUGCAUGCUACAACUGCCACAGGAGUGGCCACAUUUCCCGGGACUGCAAGGAGCCCAAAAAGGAGAGGGAGCAGCUCUGCUACACCUGCGGCAAAGCUGGUCACAUGGCCCGUGACUGUGACCAUGCCAACGAGCAAAAGUGCUACUCCUGCGGUGGGUUUGGCCACAUCCAGAAACUUUGCGAUAAGGUGAAAUGUUACAGGUGUGGCGAGAUUGGUCACGUUGCUGUGCAUUGCAGUAAAGCCAGCGAGACUAACUGCUACAACUGCGGAAAGGCAGGCCACCUGGCAAAAGAGUGCACCAUUGAAGCCACCGCAUAAUCAGUGCCCUCUGUUGCCCCUCCUUUUUUCAGAUUGAUGGUUGGUUGUAUUAUUUUCUCUGAAUCCUCUUCACUGGCCAAAGGUUGGCUAACAGAGGCUAGUCCCAGGCCAGUGAGCCUCUCGACAUGUAAUACAAUGAAAGGGGUGAAAAAAAUAUCUUUCUGCAUUCAAUACAAAAAUGUUUUAGUUUGGUAGCGGUGUUAUGUAUAAUGCUUUGUUAAAGAACCCCCCUUUCCAAGCCACUGGUGAUCAGAGAUGAGUAAAUGGGACUUAACAUGUGGGAAUCUAUAGGACCUCUGAGCUUGUGGAAGUGAGUCUCAGUAAAAUGAGAUAGAAGAAGGGAGUAAGUAGAAACCGAACUUCCAUGUAUGGUUAUUUUGGUUUGUUUUAGUGGGAUAUGAGUUGGCCAAGAGAGUAUGACAUGGAAACAGUUCAUAACAUGAUGCAUUUCAGCCCUACAAGCAGCUACGAGGGCGAUAACAAACUACAUGUUAUAUUGCUAAGAUAUAAAAAUUUUGGAGGUAUUAAAAGAAACACGUUCUUUUAUAGAAAUCUGUUUACAACUUAAAUAUCACUUGGUAGUCCAAGGUAGACAUUUCCUUUUAAAAUGGCUUUGGAUUUUUUUUUUUUUUAUUAUUAUUUUUUUUACCUUGGCAAAAUUUAACAUCAAUAACAGUUGUCAGAACAGCAGAAUUAGGAGUUAUUUGGGAAUGAAAAAUGUUUUCACAGAAAUCAAAAUGUUAUUUUUCUACAAUAUCACUUAGACUACUGUAUAAAUACCAUUUGCUUGUACUCAGUUUUUAAGUCGGAAGGAAAGUGCAACUGAAGUCCUAGAAAAUAGAAAUGUAAUUUUAAACUAUCAAUAAAGCUGGAGGAGCACGGGGAGGACAUUUUGUCUGA